AUGGCUUUGCGACGAUUUGCUGCCAGACGUGGUAAACCAGCUAAGAUUUACUCAGAUAAUGGCUCGAACUUUGUUGGUGCCAACAACAAAUUAAAGGAUUUUCUGGCAUUCAUCAAAUCAAACAAUGCAGACAUUAGUAAUUCUUGCGUAGACGAAGGCAUUGAAUGGCACUUUAUCCCUCCCAACUCUCCCCAUUUUGGCGGGUUAUGGGAGGCUGGCGUAAAGAGCGUGAAGAGUCAUCUGCGGAGAGUGGCUGGAAACGCAUCCUUAACGUUUGAGGAGUUAAACACGCUCCUUGUGCAGAUCGAGGCAGUAUUGAAUUCACGCCCUCUUUCUCCUCUCUCUUCCAACUCCCAAGACUUAUCCGCAUUAACACCCUCACACUUUCUCGUUGGACGACCGCUUACGGCAAUCGUUGAGCAUGAUCUCACAGCAGUACCUAGCAAUCGACUUCAGCGUUUCGAGCACAUCCAGCAGAUAUUGCAACAUUUUUGGCGCAGAUGGCAGAGGGAAUAUCUGUCUGAGCUACAAGAGCGCAAGAAGUGGAGAUCCAAUAUCGGUGAUCAACCCAAGGUGGGUCAACUAGUUCUAAUAAAAGAAGAUGGACAGCCCCCUCUACAGUGGAAGUUAGGCAGAAUAGUAAAACUUCACAGCGGACGGGACGAAAUUACUCGAGUUGUAACACUGAAAACUGAGCACGGGGAAAUGCAGCGCUCAGUAGCCAAGCUGUGUCCACUUCCAAAUCAAUCGCCAUCAGCAUCCUAG